UCAUAACUGCGUCUUUCAGGGCGUCCAUCUUUAUGCGGGGCGCCUCACACCGACUGACACUGUGCCGUGUGGAGCAUCAAAACACUGCGAGUUUAUAAUCUGAACACAAACCUCUGCUGAUCUGACGUCGCUGCUUUUUGUCCUGAAAGCUCGACAACAUGUACUUCAACCGCGGUUACACCGUCAUCGCCUGCUGGGUGUUGGUCGGGUUGGUUCUGGGUUUAGAAGAUGGCCCGGACCGCCCGGUUAUCGGAGCUCCAGGAUCGCCGGUCCGUCUGUCGGAUUCUGACCCGGGGGUUAUGAAAGCAGUAAAGUUCGCCGAGGAACGAUAUAAUAUGGGCUCCAACGCGAUGCAUAUACGUCGUGUCAGCAAAAUCCUUUCGGCCAGCAAACAGCUGGUGAAAGGUGUCCGGUACAGCAUUAUGGUGGAGAUUGGGAGCACUCAGUGUAAGAAAGCUGCAGAACUGAGCACUGCGGACACCUGUGACUUCUUCCCAGAGCCUCACAAACAGAAGACUGAGGUUUGUUUGUUCGAGGUUUGGGACAUUCCCUGGGAAAAUAAAUCCACGCUACUUAAACAGAAAUGCCAGCCUGCGGUUGUGAAGGAGCUCAAAAAGGUUGCGGCUGUACCUCUAACCCACAGCAAACCAAUGAAGGAAAGCGUGGAGCUUCUGACCAUGUUUAAAAACUUUAUGAUUACAUACAACCGAACAUACAGCUCUCAAGAAGAGGCAGAGAAGCGUUUGCGCAUUUUCCAGCAGAAUAUGAAAACAGCACAGACGCUUCAGUCUCUGGAACAGGGAUCAGCUGAGUACGGCAUCACCAAGUUCAGCGACCUCACAGAGGAUGAGUUCAGGAUGAUGUACCUCAACCCAAUGCUGAGUCAGUGGAGUCUGAAGAAAGAGAUGAAGCCUGCAAUUCCAGCCAGCGCACCCGCUCCUGACACCUGGGACUGGAGGGACCACGGAGCAGUCAGUCCUGUGAAGAAUCAGGGGAUGUGUGGCUCUUGCUGGGCAUUUUCUGUGACUGGAAACAUCGAGGGACAGUGGUUUAAGAAAACUGGACAGCUGCUUUCUCUUUCUGAGCAGGAAUUGGUGGACUGUGAUAAGCUGGACCAGGCAUGUGGAGGUGGGCUGCCAUCUAACGCUUAUGAAGCCAUCGAAAACCUUGGAGGUUUGGAGACUGAAACAGACUACAGCUACACUGGACACAAGCAGAGCUGUGAUUUCUCCACAGGGAAAGUGGCCGCCUACAUUAACAGCUCAGUGGAGCUGCCCAAAGACGAGAAGGAGAUUGCUGCUUUUCUGGCUGAGAAUGGUCCGGUGUCUGCUGCCCUUAACGCUUUUGCCAUGCAGUUCUACAGAAAAGGAGUUUCUCAUCCUCUGAAGAUCUUUUGCAACCCGAGGAUGAUUGAUCACGCUGUGCUGCUUGUGGGAUUCGGACAACGCAAUGGCGUUCCUUUCUGGGCCAUCAAGAACAGCUGGGGAGAGGAUUAUGGAGAGCAGGGCUACUAUUACCUGUAUAGAGGAUCCGGACUGUGUGGAAUCCACAAGAUGUGCUCAUCUGCAAUUGUGAAUUAGACACACACACACUUGUAUACAUGGUUUACAGGGACACUCCAUACACAUAAUGUAUUUUAUAUAGUAAAAACACUUAUUAUAUGAUCCUACCCCUAUUCCCACAGGGACACAGGGCAAUAAAGUAAUAGCUCGAGCCAGACAGAAUCUGCGGAUAUUGUUUUGCAAUUGUAAAUAAUGUGCAGAUUUAUGCGUAAUGAUUUUGGGAGUAUCGUAACUACAUACUUAAUUUCUGAAAUAAAAAUAAUAACUGUUUACUAUGCCGAUCCAAUCAGAUCCACUUACAGUAUUUGGUAAACAAAGCAAGUCUCUGAUAUUUCUACUAAAAGACAGAGAAUAUUACAUUGUAAACUGUGAUAAAUCAUAUAAACAUGUUUAAAUUAGUCAAUAAUAUUACUGAAAUUAAUUUAAAAACUGACUAAAUAUAAAUGUACACACAUUUAGCAAAGUAAUAUAUAAUAUGUGUACCCUAGUAAGGUAAAACCAGAUUAAUAGAGUACAAAUCAAGUCAUUCCCAUGUCAUUAUACAACGUUGUGUCCCUGUAAACCUCAUAAACCUGUACACACACAUACACACAUACACUGAAAUAGAGCAUGGACACAAAGCAUUUGAAAAGUGUUCAGUCAUGAACAUGUGAUGGUCCAAUUCAGUACAGAGUUCACAGAUGUCAUGUGAUCUGUAAACACAACAUUAAAAACGCACAUUCUGCACAUAUUUCAUCCAUAAAAGCACAUUCUUCUCAAUAACCCAAACAUGUGAAGCAUUUCUGUGUGCUGUUUGCUGUUACCUGCUAAACAUCGGUUGCAUUCUCACACUAUAGCCCGACUGACCGUACCUCAAACCCUCAUGCGCAGUGAUGUUAAGGACACAGCAGAAAAACCAAAUAGCUCAAAACUGACCGCACAUCGUUUACCACGUUACUAAUAUAAGCGCUGCACAUGCUAUUGUGAUUUUUACUGUGUUUUACUCUGCUUAGUUUUCAUUGGUCUAAUAUUUAAUUAAAACUCUUCAUUUUAACCCUGCUGAGUAGAUUAGUGAAUCAUUUUAAUGCAUUAUUAUUAUUAUUAUUAAUCUUAUUAAGCGAUUGAACACUGGAUUUUUGUAUUAUCUAUUGUGAUCAUUCCGUUAAAUUUGAGCAGGGCUGUUUUAUCCCACUCAUUUUCCUCAUUUUUUGAUCAUAUGUAGCUGCUGAUUGUUCUUUCAAGUGGAAGAUUAGUUUGAAGUUUGUUGUGUUGUUAGAAAUGCUUAAUCAUUUUCUCAUUUGUCGUACUGUUUAAACUGGCUGUAACUCUCAUUGCAAUUAUAUAGUGGAAUUGCUGAAUAAACAACCGAACGUUCU